AUGGCCGCGCCAGCUCUCCCUUCCGCGCCUCCAGUGUCUCUGGGCCAAAACAUUGUCCUCCAGCCCCCACUUUCGCGAUGCGGGCGUGGACCCGGUCUAAUAAUCAUCCGCCCGUCUGGCUAUGCAGGGUGUCAAGCAAAGAACACCAGUCUGGAUCCGGAGCCCGUGCAGAAGUGGGCAGAGGAGAGCUAUGCGGUGGUGCAGAUUACUUUGGAUCAUGAGGCCAGCGCAGACGAGAGUGGUGUUUUAGCACUUGUGAAGCGAGGCAUUGAAGCGUUUGAGUCAUCGGAUGAGUGUGAGAAAGGAGAUAGGUUUGCCACAUUGGUCUACGGUUCUCCCGCCGAUUAUGCGCCUGGGUUCGGAAAGAUCCUGGGCAAUGCCAUCGCAGCUUUGAACAAAACGCUUGCGGCUGCAGUGUUCUUCGGCUCCUGGGAUAUGAUUGAGGAAUCGAUUCCCACUCUCUCACAUAUUCCUGGGAACGUCCAAGCCCCGGGCAUUGAAAAGAAGGACAAUCACACUGUUUACUCAUAUGUGGAUGUUGCUUCCGCCGGGUUCAUCGUCCCGGGGCAUGCUGACUUCAAAAUCACGUCUGCCGGCGUCGCGCACACGCGAUCCCUGACCUUCCUGAAGAAACAGCUGGACGGGCCGUACUUCGAUCUGGAGAAGAUCUGGGACGAGCACACGUGGUACGAAUUCGGAGAUCGGUCCGUGGAAAAGACCAUGGCGACGAUGGUGCAGGAGCCAUACGUCAACCAUAUCCCGACUAUGACGGGCGGAAUCGGACGAGCACGCCUGAGCAAAUUCUACCUGGAGAAUUUCAUUUUCAACAACCCAAGCGACACUGCACUGGAACUCAUCAGCCGAACGGUCGGCACCGACCGGAUCGUCGACGAGUUCAUCUUCAGCUUGACACAUAAUAAAGAGAUCGACUGGUUAAUCCCCGGUAUCCCGCCAACUGGCAAGGCACUCCGUAUCCCAUUUACCUCAGUUGUGAACAUUCGUGGAGAUCGCUUAUAUCACGAGCAUAUCGCAUGGGAUCAGGCGACAGUUCUCGUGCAGCUGGGUCUGAUGCCGGAAUACCUGCCUUUCCCAUAUGCCCUUCCUGGCGGACAGUUGCCUGGGCCCGGAAAGAGGUUCGAGUAUCGUGUACCUGCUGCCGGAGUCGAGACGGCGAUGAAGUUGCAAGAUGAGCACGCAGUGCCGUCGAACGGGAUGUUAGAGUUUAAGGUGCGCGAGGUGGACGAUAAAUGA